CGUGAAAACGUGGAGUGAGCCGACCGGUCCUCGUAAUCAACAAGGCCCAAGUGUACUCCACGCGUCACCGCACCGGACUCCAAAUGCCAAAACCACAUUUCAACACUCCUCCCUAUAACUCCUUUGGGUUCCGUGGUAUAAAACUGCUCCCCUGUGAAAGCGCUAUCACUCUCACUCCCCCACUCUCCUCCACUUUGUAGUUUGUAGUAGAGGAGCGAGCAGCAGCGUUUCAUCGCAUAAUACUUAUCUCCCGCCGAUGAUGAUUCAGAGCCCAAAGACAAGCUUGUUUCUGUAACUGGGUUCAUAUGCUUUGACAAGGGAGAGCAUAAGGAAGUGCACUAAAAUGGAAGGCAAGAUCCUAGUAUUUCAUUACAAGUGGAGAAAGAGCUGACUCAGGAGCCAAGUUAUGCUGAAGCUGUAACUUUUGAAGUGCCAAAUGAUCCCUUGGAUGCAUAUGGUGGUUAUCUUUUAGGAUCAGGACUAUAUUUGCUGAAACCAUCAUGAAUUUAGUAAAACGAUUCCAACUUCAAAUCAUGAUAUACUAAUGGUCUAAAGAAUGCUAUUUGACAGGUGUAGUUCAAGAAGCUGAAUGCUGGAGCAAUAUACUUCAGAUGACGAAGCCUGAGUUUCAUGGACUCCCCAGCCACAUAGAUGAGGGUGAAAUGUCAGUUGAGGGGAACUGUCACAAAUUCCCUACUUCAUUCACUUCAGGACAUAUUGACUAUUUGGAAGAUGUAGCAAGCUUCUUCCCAGGAAGCAUAUCUUCUAAUAAGAAAGAUGAAGACAUGAUUUUCACUCCUGCUCUAACAUCAAGUGGAUUGGUCUGCAUGUCUACAAUCAAGCAAAGUGAAGAGUUUAAUCUAGGAGGGCAGAAUGGGGGCCAUGGAACUAUAUAUCUUGGGGAUUCACCAAAAAUGAACUCUUCCCAGACAAGUAACUCCGACUCUUCUCAUACACAAAGGAGAGUGCGCAAACCUACUCGCAGGUAUAUUGACGAAUCAUCAGAUCUUAACACAAGAUAUGUCAAGAAAAGGAAAGAGGGUUCUGCUUCUGCAUCAAAGAGUAAGAGUCAAAGAGUCAAAUGUAAUAAGAAACCCAAACCUGAAUCUGAAGCAAUAGAGUCUCUUUCUGAGGACUCUACUUUCAAUGCUAUUCAAGUGCCAUUUGGCCCUCUAGUACCUGAAGAAUGUGAUAAGAAUGUUGCAUCUGAUGUGGUGAAAGUGAAGUCAAUAGAGAUUUCACGUCUUGGCCUCAAAGAGUGUGAUAGGAAGCAUGCAUCUAAUGUGAAGAAGGUAAAGUUGAACCAGUUAUCGUCUGCUGACCCUAAAUUGUGUAAGAAGCAUUCACCCAAUGCAAAGAAGGUAAAGAUGAACUAUGUAUCAUCUUUUGGCUCUGAAAUAUCUGAUAAGAAGCAGGCAUCCCUUGUGAAGAUGGUAAAGUCAAACCACAUAUCUUUUGAUUCUGAGGAAUGUCGUAAGAGGCAUGCACCCAAUGUUAGUAAGGAUUCUCUUGAAGAAAUGGCACUGGUUGUGAUAGAAGAUGAUAGUGCCGCAAUCAUGAGAUCUGAUGGGAAUUGUGCUCGGAGAAAGCACCACAGGCUAUGGACUAUUUCAGAGGUCAGAAAGUUAGUUGAUGGUGUUUCACAAUGUGGAGUUGGAAAGUGGAGUCAAAUAAAGAGUCUUUUCUUCGCGUCAUCUGACUAUCGGACACCAGUAGAUCUAAAGGACAAGUGGAGAAAUCUUUUAAAAGCAAGCCGUCUUCAGAAUCAAAGCAAGAAAGGGGAUAAGGGAAAGCAAACUCUUUCUUGGCGUCCCUUGCCGAAGUCCAUCUUGAACCAGGUUUGUGAACUGGCCAAUGUUCAUCCAUACCCAAGAAACUGCAAAUCCAAGACUUAAUGCCCUGCCCAUAUAUCCUCCAUUUCCAUUCUCCUAAAUAAAGCUACCAAAGUAAGUUAGUGACAACUGAAGGAUUCACAGAAUUAUUGGUAGUCAAGGUUGAUUGUUUCUUGGCUGGUUUAUAGUUGUUUGCCAUUCUCUGAUAGUCCUUUUUUUCAAAGUCUCUUUGGCUCUUUUAACCCUCUGUUUUCUCACCCAUCUGACUUUCUGUUAUUGUGAAUUGUGUGCAUAAUUUGUCAAAUUUCGACUGACUAUAGCUUGCAUGUAAUGCAUUAGGCAUUCUUCUGCUUCUAAUUAUUUGUCUUUGGUA